AUGCUGCCUUUAAAGGCGUUUUUAUACGUCUUCGGCGUUGGCGCAUCAGUCUUCCUCGUCCUCAACCAAAGCAUACUGACCUCGAACCAACAGGAUCUCGAAAGGAUACUAGAAACAGGUAAAAUACGGCCCAAUUUAGUGGGUCAUGACAUUAUUUGAGGCAAUAAAUUUCGAUGAAAAAGUCCGGUUGUAACACUUAUAUUUCUAACAUUCGUAGUAGGGUUGUUAUGAAAAAAAUUGUUUUUACUUUGGUAUGAAAACUUGUUAUCCCAAUUAUUUACAGAUGAACCUUAUUUCGGACUAAAUGACACCCUCACCACAACAGCUAAAGCUCUAACUUCUAAUCACGCGGAAUGCCGCCUACCUAAAUUAGAUCCCUGGGAUCCCAUGAUCAAGCGAUUCCUGGACUCUUCAAAGGACCCCAGAAAGAAUUGCAAACCCAAAUUUCAUGUACAAAGCUAUGUGUUGGAUGGAAUUGUAAAGGUCAAUCGGACCAAAAAUACAACUGAUCCCUGCUUUUAUAGGUGAGUGUUGUCUGGGUUUUAUUUAUUUUUUUUUGAAAUUUCUUUUGUGAAGUGUGUAUAACCAAAAGUUUUAAUCCUACUAUUGGAAAUGUGGCAAUUUUUGUUUUUUAUUGACCCUACAAUCAAAAUUUGAUUCUAAUUUACAGAUGUCUACACCCAGUUGAUGAUCGGAGCCUGAAGUUUGACAAAUGGUUACCUAUUGAUGACGAAGAAGGUGCUGCUCCCCAGUGUGAUGUUUUUGAUGUCCAAUGUGGAGAUUUGCAAAAACCCAGCUACAAAUUCCUUCAUCAACAAAUUUUUGAGAGGUAGGCGGCUUUUGCAUUGCUUUUUAUUGUGAUUUGAAAUUUUUAAUUUUUUGCACAGUGCAGAUUUUUGAUUUUUCGAAUUUUUGCACUGUGCAAUAUGUUUGAGUGAUCUAAAAAAUAUUAAAAAUGAAUUUUCAGGACUGUGAAGAAGUCCCCAGCCGACCCGAAUGCCGCUGAUAUUCACUUGAUAAUUAUCGAUUCGGUGAGCACCAGCCAAUUUGUCCGUUCAAUGCCCCAAACCGAGUAUUUCCUAAGGCGAGAAUUGGACGCGGUCCAUUUCCCAUACCUCAACAAGGUCGGCCUGAACAGUCGCCCCAAUGCCUACGCGUUUUUCCUCGGCGAAAGAGCCAUGAAUUUGCCGGCCAAUCCGUGGGGAGAGUACUUGGGCAAAGGCCGCGGAAACGCGCUGUGCAAAAAGUCCUUGAACACUGAGAAUUUCAUUGGAUUCGACUACAAUAAUAAUGGGUAUCGAACUCUGAUGAACGAGGAUUGGGCUAUUGGGAUUUUCAACUGGCCGAAUUGCUUGGGCUUCACGAAAAGUCCGGUGGAUCACUUUAUGAAGUAAGUGCAAUAUGGGCUUGGGUGGAUUGGAAGUUGUAAAAUGUGGUUUGAUAGUGGAGAAUUGUAUUUCAGCUGUUUUAAUUGGAUUUUUUAAAUUUUUCAGGCCAUUUGCCCUCCGAGUUGAUGGAUCGAAGAAGUACAAGGACAAAGAGCUCCGAAGUGCUGUCUACAAACACACUUGCCACGAAUCUCAUGACUAUAUGCUCGAAUUAAUGGAAGAAUUUGCCAACAAAUACCCGAAUGAACCUAAAUUUUCGAUAAACUGGCUGACCGACAUUGCCCAUGACGAUAUGAACGGACUUUAUCAUGUGGACACGCAGAUGAAAGACUUCUUUAACAGAAUCAAGGACCGUCUGCAAAAUUCGUUCCUCAUUUUCAUGGCGGAUCAUGGGGGGAGGACGGGAAAAGUGAGGAAUACCCCGGUCGGGGAGAUCGAAGACCAUAAUCCAUUCUUCAUGAUCUCGGUCCCACAACGACUGAGGGGCAACAAGGAUCUAAUGUACCAAUUGAGGAAGAAUUCAAAGGAAUUGAUCACUCACUAUGACCUUUAUGCAACGUUCUUGGAAUUGGCUACGGUAAGUGUAAGAUAAGGUCGAAUUUUGGUAUUUUUGAAGGACCUUAGGGAAUGUCUUUGUUCCUUAAGUUGUGUAGAGCACUUUUUGAGCGUCUAGACAUUGUUUGGGAUAUUGAUUUUGCAUAGAAAAGAAUUUUUGUUUUAUAAUAAUUUUGGGAAAAAAUCUCUGUUCAAUGGAGGGAAUUGAUGGUAAAAUUGAAUGGUACUGGGGUGACUAGUAAAAAAUGGACUAAAAUAAUACAAAUUGUAGGAAAAUCAUAAAUGGACCAACUCGACUUCCUUCACUGAUCGCCGAUUUACUCAUCCCACCAGAGAACUCAAAGGCUCAUCGCUUUUCCAUCCGCUUAAGACCCCAAGAGAUUGCAAUUCGCUCUUAAUUCCGUUCAAUUAUUGUCUUUGCCAACAUGACCGAAGAACCAUCCAAAAUUCGGAAAUUUGGAAGGGAACUGGGAAGUUGAUGGUGGAAAAGAUGAACAAGGACGUGAAGGCCUCAGAAUACGCGUCAAAAUGCGCUGAGCUCAGGCUGGAUGAGAGUUUUGGGAACUCGGUGGAGGAAUUCAACCCAAUCUCGGAGAAGGAAACGCCAUAUUUGGUCAAGAUUAAGGUUCAACCGAGCGGAGGACUGUAUGAAGCAUAUGUUAUGGUAAGUCGGGGAUGUUUGAUGAAUUGGAUAUAUGGGAAAGGGAUUUUUAAACUUUUUUACCUUCUCAGAAUGGUUUGUUUAGCAAAAAUAUAAUAUGGAAAACGUAAAGGUAACAUGGCUUGAUUUUUCAAUGUCAUAGUAAAAGCACAGAAAAAGGUCGAGUUCGGCCUUACUUUAUCUCCAUAUUUAAGCCUAAGAAAUGAGGAAAUAAGCCUUCAAAAUACGGUUUAUUACGAGCAUUUUACGUGAAAUAUAAUUUUAGAUGCGGAAUGGAACCCUAGAGUUGGUGACGCAAGACUUUGCCCGCAUUGACAUGUACAAAGAGCAGACCAAAUGUAUCCCCGAAAACUUCAUUCGCAACUACUGUUUUUGCAAUGACUUAUUGGCAAAAAGUCAUAAAAAGCGCGAAGCUACUCGUCGUCGUGGCUAA